GGAGAAGACGAGGAGGCAGCCGGCGAGCGUACAGCCUGUUGCUAAGCCUUGAAGGAAGCUCCGUGCUCGGGCUGCGCUCAGUCAAAGUCUUUGCGGCCUACUAUCUCGGUGAAGAAGAUGGACCGUGUCCUGUGCCCAGGGGAACAUGGUGAAGAGAAUGGCUCGGUAAUGGAACACAAGGCACUUCCUUGGCAGAUCUUCCCGGUCCUUUCAGAUCAGCAGUCUCAGGGAGUUGAACUGGUCUUGGCAUACGCAGUACCUAUCCUGGACAAGAAAAAGACUUCUCGCUUGGUGAAGGAAAUUUCAGCUGUGUACCCCCUGGAGGGCCAGCAGCAUCUCAGAAGGGUCCGGGCAUGCACGGAUAAGGCCAGUCCUCACCCACUGGAGAUGUUGAUUCGUUUAGCAAAGCCUGGGGAAGAGAAGGCAGAAGGCCUGCACACGCUUUCAGAGCUCCUAGCCGAUAAACCAGUUGACUGCGGUGGCCUAGGAGAACCGUUCCUUGUUCAUGUGCCUGCCCACCCCCCUUUGACUAGGGUGCAGUUUGAGGAAGCCAAGUCCCAUUGGCCUACGGCCUUUCAUGAAGACAAAUAUGUCGCCAGUGCCCUCACAGGGCACCUCUUCUCAAGGGAAGACAAGGUGAAGAUGCAAACUUACAUGAAACAAGCCGUCUGGGCAGCCCAGCAAGGAGCAGAGAAGGGGAUGAAGGCUAUUGGAGCUGUGGUUGUUGAUCCAGCCACAGAAACCGUUCUUGCUGUAGGCCAUGACUGCAGAAGUGCCUCAAAUCCCUUGCUGCAUGCCACAAUGGUCUGCAUAGACCUUGUUGCUCAAGGGCAGGGGAGGGGCACGUAUAAUUUUAAAUCUUACCCUGCUUGCACCUUCUCUCCAUUGGGGAACAGAGACCCAUCAGUCUCAAAAGCUAUCCGAGCUGGGACAGUGCGAAAAUCUGAAUCCAGAGAUGAUGGGCUGCCCUAUAUCUGUACUGGCUAUGAGCUUUAUGUCACAAGGGAGCCGUGUGUAAUGUGUGCCAUGGCUCUGGUACAUUCCCGGAUUCAAAGGGUCUUCUAUGGGAUAGCAUCACCCGACGGGGCCCUGGGCACCAAAUAUAAGAUUCACACCAGACAGGAUCUCAAUCAUCGUUUCGAGGUGUUCAGAGGCAUCUUGGAGGACCAGUGUUGUUCCUUAAUCAAAGCUAGCUAGGCAGACAGCCAGUCGCGCAAAUGGCUUUCACUUUUCUUUCCCAGUUCCUUCUCUUUUCAUCACAGUGCAGCCCAUAUCCUAUCCCCCUGUCUCCCACGUAGCCAGGAGACUUCUCUUCACCAGUGCUAGCUAUCCUUAGGUAGGGAGAAUUGCCACGUAGUCAGUUCUCUUGCUGCCUCUUUUUUAUGAUCUAGCUGUUUGUCGCUAAAGACAAAAAUUCAAGGGACAGCUAGGUGGCGCAAUGGAUAAAACACCAGCCCUGGAUUCAGGAGGACCUGAGUUCAAAUGUGACCUCAGAUACUUGACGCUUAACUAGCUGUGCAACCCUGGAAAAGUCACUUAACUCUCAUUGCCCCGCCCCCUCCCCCCCCAAAAUUCAGUAAGGAUUCAGAACAUCACUUCUCCUGUUACAUUUAUAAAUUUGUUUUGAUACUUACUGGCUAAUCACCUGGCUAAAAUGAUUUGGUGCAUGCCCUUCUUAUGAUCAUGCAAAUUAAGUCCAUGCCUAUCCAGAUGGAACUUAUACUGCAUAGCAUUUCAAACUGGGGGCCCUUGUUGGUAUGUGACUAGGAUGUGGGGCCUCUAGCAGCAUUAUGAGGUGGGAGAACCAUUCCUUUGUUUUUAAAGCUUGAAAAUCUUGGAUGUUACGUUUUAGGAUAACUGUGAUUGUCUUUUUUAUUAAAUUAUGGAAAACAAAUCUUGAAAUACCAAAAUAAAAAUAGGAGAAAUCAAUUUGGAUCAUUGCUAGAACUUAUUAGCAGUGUGAACGUGGACAGGGUGUGUCAUUUCUGUGACAUUGAGUUUUCUCAUCUGUGAAAUGGGGAUAACACUAUUUUUACUACCUACCUCACAGGGUUGUUGUGGGGAAAACACUUUGCAGACCUUCAAGGGCCAUGCAAAUGUGGGUGGGUUAUUAGCAUUGUUAGCACUGAGGCCUAGGCACCACACAGCCAUGCCUGUGUUGAUCAGCUUCUGCAGUGUCUGUGAUGGGCUGAGAAUCUUCAGUGCCCAUUUGGGGACCUCCAGAGAGCGGUGAGUUAGGCUGAGCAGCGUUUCACACUGGGCACCCUUGGUGGAGCAUGACUUGGGAAAAUACUUCACCAGCAGCAUGAUGAAUGAGGUGGGAGAACCAUUCCUAUGUCUUUUAAAAAUCUCUAAAGCCCGGGUUGUGACUCUCGCAAUGGAGGAGGUGACUGCUCUAACAGAACACUGGACACUGGAUUUGGAGUGAGAGGACCUGGUGCCAAACACAUGGUCAUGUGACAGUGAUCAAGGCACUUCCUCUCCUGGGGCCUCAGUUUCCUCAUCUACGAAGAUGAAGGGGUUGGAUUAGUUGUAAGAUCCCUUCUGGCUUCAAAUCAUGCUGGGCCAGUAUUGCAAAAACUGGCUGAUUCAGGGACUAGAUUGCACAUGCAUAGAAGGGAAAAGAUUGCUGCAGAACCCAGGAGCUUA